AUGGCUUCAGCCUCAAGAGGUGUUGUUGCUGGUAGAGGUGCCAGCUCAAAGGUAAAGUCUGUUAAGCUUCUUGAGGUUCUGAAUGCUCUGGAGGAAGAAGAGACUAGCAAUGACAAGGAAGAGAUUUUCAUCUCACCACCUGAGAAUGCUUCUGGGGACUUCACCGAUGAGGACUCAGGUGAUGAAGACAGCCGGCAUGGAACUCACCUGCCAGGGAGCAUGCUCCAUGCUACCGUGGUGUCUGAGGAUUCUGGUACUGGGGAAGAUAAUGAAGACUUGGAGCUGCAGCCAGCAAAGAAGAGGCAGAAGAGCAUAGUUGAACCUCAGCGUGUUUGGACCAAAAGAGAUCUCCAGCCCAACUUUAGCAGUUGGACAGCAUCAGAUCCUCAUAUUGAGUAUCUCAAAAGUCAGGAACUGAGUCCUGUAGGACUCUUUGAAUUAUUUUUUGAUGAAGGUACAAUUAAUUUCAUUGUUAAUGAAACCAAUCGUUAUGCUUGGCAGAAAAAUGUCAACCUGGGUCUCACAGCCCAGGAAUUGAAGUGUGUUUUGGGCAUUUUGAUUUUAAGUGGGUAUAUCUCCUAUCCAAGGAGAAGGAUGUUUUGGGAAACAUCUCCUGAUUCACAUCACCACCUUGUGGCUGAUGCAAUCAGAAGGGACAGGUUUGAAUUGAUUUUCUCCUACUUGCAUUUUGCAGAUAACAAUGAACUUGAUGAAAGUGAUAGGUUUGCCAAGGUCAGGCCUCUCAUUGUCCGGAUGAACUGCAAUUUCCAGAAGCAUGCACCUUUGGAAGAAUUUUAUAGCUUUGGUGAGUCCAUGUGUGAGUACUUUGGGCACCGGGGAUCCAAGCAGCUGCGCACAGGAAAGCCUGUCCGGCUUGGUUACAAGAUUUGGUGUGGGACGACCAGCAGAGGCUAUUUGGUGUGGUUUGAGCCCUCUCAGGGCACAUUGUUCACCAAGCCUGACAAGGGUUUGGAUUUAGGAGGUAGUAUGGUGAUAAAGUUUGUGAAUGCACUUCAGGAGCGAGGCUGUCUGCCAUACCACAUAUUUUUUGACAAGGUUUUUACAAGUAUCAAACUAAUGUCCAUUUUGAGGAAAAAGGGGGUGAAGGCCACAGGAACUGUCCGUGAGUAUAGGACUGAGAGAUGUCCCCUCAAAGAUCCCAGAGAACUGAAAAAAAUGAAGAGGGGUUCAUUUGAUUACAAGGUUGAUGAGAGUGAGGAGAUCAUUGUUUGCCGCUGGCAUGACAGCAACAUGGUCAACAUCUGUUCCAAUGCGGUAGGCAUAGAGCCUGUGAGGCUCACGAGUCGUUGUUCAGGGGCUGCCAAGACGCGGACCCAGGUCCACCAGCCAUUGCUGGUGAGGCUGUACCAAGAGAAGGUAGGGGGUGUUGGGCGCAUGGACCAGAACAUCGCCAAGUACAAGGUGAAGAUCCGGGGCAUGAAGUGGUACUCAAGCUUCAUUGGCUACAUCAUUGAUGCUGCCCUCAACAAUGCAUGGCAGCUGCACAGGAUCUGCUGUGAAGAUGCCCAGGUGGACCUCCUUGCCUUCCGGCGAUAUGUUGCCUGCGUUUAUCUGGAAAGCAAUGCUGACACAUCAUCCCAAGGAAGGCGAAGCAGGCGGCUGGAAACUGAGAGCCGCUUUGAUAUGAUUGGCCAUUGGAUCAUUCACCAGGACAAGAGGACCCGUUGUGCCCUUUGCCACUCUCAGACCAACACUCGGUGUGAGAAGUGCCAGAAGGGCGUCCAUGCUAAGUGCUUUCGGGAGUACCACAUCAGGUGA